CAACCAUAACCUCCUAAAUCCAUAUCGUGCCCCGGCACACCUCUCAUUCAUAAUGACCACCCAAUCCCUUCCCGCUCUCCUCCAACAAUCCUCCAUCGACGACCACGACGAAGCCCUCCAAUCUGCCAACGCCGCCCUCUCCAAAUCUAAAUCUGACCUCCGCGCAACCCACGUCAAGGCGGUCGCCCUCCUCAAACUCGAUCGCUACGAUGACUGCCUGCGUGUAUUUGAAGAAGCGGGUGAUGCGUUGAAAAAGCGCGCCGCGCUGGAGUACGCAUAUGCUCUCUACAAGUGCGGGAAACUGGAGGAGGCCACCGAGGUCGUUGCGCAGCUGAGCGGUAGCGGGCACAGAGGGGCACAGCACUUGGAGGCUCAGGCUACUUACCGGGCUGAAAACUUUCGCCGCACGGCAGAGCUCUAUGAGAGCCUGGCCAAUGACGCAUCCCUCGAAGCCAGCGAUUUGAGGAUCAAUUCGUGGGCUGCUGAUGCGCAACUACAGUGGCAGGGGUGGGCUAGCCAGGUGCGCCAUAACCGGCCGACGCGGGAUGAUCUCGAGGCGUUCGAGACGGUGUACAAUGCGGCUUGUUUGGGGAUUGCAAGGGGAGAAUUUGGACAGGCAGAGGUGUUGCUGAAGCGCGCUAAGGAACUCUGCCGUACGUCCGAGGACUUGACGCCUGAGGAUCGGGCCGCCGAGUUGCUCCCGAUCGCUGUGCAGCAGCUGUAUGUUCUCAUUCAACAGGGCAAGUCGCAGGAGGCAGAGGCCAUCCUGGAGGAGAUUUCCGUUGAUAGCAUCUCGGAACUGUCAACAAGAAGAAUCGCGCAGACCAACGUCACCCUCGUCCGCGACUCCGCUGCCAACCCCUUCCUCCUCUACAAAGGCCUUGACGCCGCCCCCGAGGCCCCCGAAAACGACCGUCUCUUCUCCUUCCAAGACACUAUCUCGACAGAGAACACCCACGCCGCCGACCUUCUCGUCCAGAAAUACGACGGCAUCAUUCGCUCCACGGCCAAGGCCCUGUCGCAGGCCCCGUGGCCGUCCGCCGACGCGCGCACCAACCUGCUCUCAGUCUACAACGCAGCCGCCCACGCCCGCGGCGAGCCCAGCCCCAAAGCCCUCAAAGCGAUUCUCCCCGCGCUGGACAACCGCCCCAAGGACCUGGGUCUGGCCCUGACCGCAGUGCAGCUCUUCGUCCGCGCCGGCAACACCACCUCAGCCAUCACGACGCUCGAGCGCACCCUCCAGCACCUCGAAGCCGCAGAAGACAAGUCUGUCCGCUUCAACCCCGGCCUCCUCGGCAUCCUCGUCUCCCUGUACAAGCUCGAAGGCCGCAAGACGCAAAUUCGCGCCGAGCUCGCCAAAGCCGCCACCUACUGGCGCACCACCCCCUCCAACAACCAGGCUCCCCCCACCUCCCUCCUCCGCGCCGCAGCCACCUCCCUCCUCCACUCCACGGACUCCGCAGACCUCACCACCGCCCGCGACAUCUUCCAAACCCUGCACCAGCAGAACCCGCACGACCCGGCCGCCCUAGCAGGAUACAUCGCGGCGCAAGCCCCCCUAGACCACACCCAGGUCCCCACCGCCAAGGUCGACUCCCUCCCAGAAGUGCCCACCCUCAUCGCAGACGUCGACCUCGCCACCCUCGAAUCAGCCGGCAUCGCGCCCCCAGCAUCCGCCUCCGCCGCCGCAGCCGCAGCCCUCGCCGGCGCCCGCAAGCGCCAGGCAUCAGCAGCAGCGUCCGCCCCGAAGCGCGUGCGCAAGGACCGCCUCCCCAAGGACUUCGACCCGGCCAAGACAGCCGACCCGGAGCGCUGGCUGCCCCUGCGCGAGAGAUCCUCGUACCGCCCCAAGGGCCGCAAGGGGAAGCAGCGCGCUGCGGAGCGCACGCAGGGCGGCGUCGUCUCGGAUGACAAGCCUGCUGCUUCUAACAGCGGCAGCGCCGGCGUCGUCAAUGCCCCUAGUGGGGGCGGCUCGAAGAAGAAAGGUGGGAAGAAGGGGAAGCGGUAGUGGACUGAUUGCUACCUACCUACCUACCUAAAUAGCGUGGAGGUUAGAUUAUCUAUUUAUCGUUCUAUCGAUAUAUCUACUUAUCUAUAUAUAUCGAUAUGGCUAUUAUUUUUUUUUUUACUUUAUCUGUCUAUAUAAUUGAGAUGUUUGUCG